UUGCGCCUCCGCCUAUUUGGGGCCUCCAAAAUCAAAAGGGAACAUCCGAGGACGCGAGCCCCCUCCCCUCCGCUCGACUCCGCGGAUCACUAUGCUCCCGCCGCAACUCCCCGGACCCGCCGGGCACCUCCCGCUCGCCCUUGCCGUCACCGCCUCCUUCGCCAUCAGCUGCAGCGGCCGCUCCCGCCGCCGCCGCCGUGCGAAGCCCAAGCCCAUCGUGUUCCCGCCCCCGCCUCUCCGCCGCCUGGUCUCCUCCUCCCUCCGCCGCCUCCUCCCGCGCCCGCGCCCUCUCCGCGGCGGAUGGCUCGGGCGAAGGGGGAGGCGGAAGGCGCCCGCCGAGGACGUGGUGCUGCUCGUCCUCUCCCUGGCCCUGGGCGACAGGCUCGCCGUCCUCGCGGAGGCCUGGCGCGCGUCGGGGCUGGGCCAGGCGCUCGGCAUCUGGGCGGCGGUGUGGGGAGGAGCGAGGAGGAGGAAGAGGACGAGCGGGCUCCGGAGGCUCGCGGCGCUGCUGCUCGGGAUCGCGUUCUGCGCGCUCGCGUCGCAUUUCAGAGGGGCGGCGUUCCUGGAAGGCCUCCGGAAGACGGGCGGCGGCCGGAAAUUAGCGCGGACUUUCCUGCACUGAUUGAUUUAGUUUCCCUGUUCGAUUUCUUGAGGAUGCAUUUGCCCGAAACGGCGUCAGAAUUGUAGGUUUCCUUGUGCGGAUGGAUUGUGUGUUGCGGCUGCUGUUCUGCUGGAAGGCAUUCUGUUGGCGUCCUGAUGAACUGGACUGUUGA